CAAAAAACCAAGUUAUUCGCAUUUGACCCACUUUCUGAUUUGAAAGGAAAGGCUGCUCUCUCUCUUCCCGAUAGAUAGUUAUAUAGCAGGCGGUAGAAACCAACACUUUCCAACCAGAUCCGAGAGAGAGAAGAGGUGAACAUGGACAUGAAAAAGAGAAUUCACCUAGAACUGAGAAAUAGGACGCCGUCGGAUGUUCAGGAGCUGGUCCUGGAUAACUGCCGGUCGAACGAGGGGAAGAUGGAGGGCGUAACGGAGGAGUUUGAGAACCUGGAACUCUUGAGUCUCAUCAACGUCGGCCUCAUCAACGUCUCAAACAUACCCAAACUGGGGAAAUUAAAAAAGUUGGAGCUGAGUGACAACAGGAUAUCCGGUGGUCUGGAGGUGCUGGCUGAGAGGCUGGUCAACCUCACACACCUCAACCUCUCUGGGAACAAGUUCAAGGACAUCAGCACACUGGAACCACUGAAAAAGCUUCCCAUACUGAAGUCCCUGGACCUGUUUAACUGCGAGGUCACCAACCUGGGAGACUACAGAGAGAGCAUCUUCAAGCUCCUCCCACAGCUCACGUACCUGGAUGGCUACGAUAUCGAAGACUGCGAGGCCUCCGACUCGGACGGCGAGGGAGACGGGAUCGAUGAUGACGACGACGAUGAAGAGGGGGAGUCUGAGGACUUCGAUGAGGAGGAUGAUGAUGAUGAAGAGGUCAUUGCAGAGGAAGAUGACGACAGUGCGGAGAGUGAAGAGGAUGGGGAGGUGAACGGAGAUAUCGAUGAUGAUGAUGAUGACGACGAAGAUGAUGAUGAGGAUGACUCUCCAGCGAAAGGAGAGAAGAGGAAGAGGGAUCCUGAGGAUGAUGACGAUGAUGAAGAUUCAGUGUCCUCCCCACCACCCCUCAAUCUCUGAUACCUCCCCUCCACCCCCUCAAUAUCUCUGAUACCUCCCCUCCACCCCCCCAAU